AUGAUUGUAGACCAUGGAGGAAAGAGACCGCAGAAGAAGAAGAAGAAGAAGAAGAAGCAAACCUCAGCGGCAGGGGUUAGAGUAGCCAAGGGCGACGGGCGAAAGCUGGGCUGUGACGGCGACAACGAGCCAAUGCUCCCUCUAUCUCCCUCCGUCCUACAGCGGCUCAAGUCCAUCAACCUCUACAGUUACAGAUCCCCAGAACCCACCCCACUCCCCUCCGUUGUUGAACUGACGCCGAAAGUCAUCAAAUCGGCGCCAAAAGUCAUUGAAGCCGCUGAACUAGAGGCCGCCGCAGACAAUAUCGAGGAGGAAGAAGAAGAACAACAGCAAAUCAUGGAUGAGGUUUAUGGGAUGAUACAGGGCCGCUGCAUUAGCAGGGUGAAGUCUGACACCCGGCUGGUGUCCCGCGAAUCCCCGGUGAGGAUGCCGCAGAAGCUGAAGAAGUCGGCGAGUGCGAAGUCGGCGUUCGGGCAUUUCGAGGAGAGAGACGUCGUUGAGAGCCACCGGCCAGCCACCGUGAGGGAGGGGAAGGCUGGAGCGACGGAGCAUUAUGGGGAGGCAGUCGACGGGGUUGACGCAGGGCCGAUGAUUACAUGA